ACUGAGCGAUCAAGUUGAGCCCCUGGUUACGUGCGCCGGGGUGGGAGCGCGGAGGGGGUGGAGAGAGAACGAGAACGAGGGGACUGCAAUAUCAUUUGUGAAUCGCUCUCAGAGUGCCGCAGAUACGGGCUGAGAGCGCGUGCGGCGAGGGUUGCGGGGCUAGAGGAUGCGCGCCGCGUGGACGCGUUCGUCGCCGGACAUUCACUGAGACGCAUCUGCUCUGUGGGAAUUAUAGCACUUUUCCGUGGCCGCGCGUGUGUGCGUGCGUGUUUUAUAUUUGUUGCGUGUGCGUGUGUGCGCUGCGUGCGUGCGAGCGAGCGAGCGAGCGAGCGUGCGUGCGUGCGCGUGUGUUUUCCGCGUUCUCCACCUCUCCGCUCCCCGCGCUGCCAGGCGCGCGCUGCUCUGCGGCUUUGCGGUGUGCGCCCCGACCGGAGGUUGAGCGCAGCCCGGCUCGUGCACGGCUCGCUCCUGCGUGCUCCCGUCCGAAAGGUCCAGCGCCGUUGCACGCGAUUCGAAGCCCCGCGAGGAGCCGCCGAGCCGCGCGCGCACAGCCAUGAGGACCGCUGGUGCAGUGGACUAUCUCUGCUACUGUAUGCUCAUUUUGCGGCUGCUGACUCAGCCGGCUGCCAAGCAAGUGCUCCGAUACCGCCUGGCAGAGGAGGGUCCUGCCGACGUGCGCAUCGGAAACGUGGCCGCAGACCUCGGGAUCGUGGCCGGGUCCGGAGAGGUCACUUUCACCCUGGAGUCCGGCUCCGAUUACUUCAAAAUUGACAACAUUACAGGGGAGCUGAGCACCAACGAGCGGCGGAUAGACCGGGAGAAGCUACAGCAGUGCCAGAUGAUCUUUGAUGAGAACGAGUGCUUCAUAGAUUUCGAGGUGUCCGUGAUAGGACCGUCGCAGAGCUGGGUCGACCUCUUCGAAGGGAAAGUGAUCAUCUUAGACAUCAAUGACAACACCCCCUCCUUCCCUUCGCCCGUGCUCACUUUGUCGGUGGAGGAGAACAGACCCAUUGGCACCCUGUAUUUGCUUCCCACGGCCACCGACAGAGAUUUUGGCAGGAAUGGAAUAGAGCGCUACGAGCUGCUCCAGGACAGCGGGGAGGGUUCGGUCAGGCGGCUGGGUUCGAGUGCCGGCGGCCGCGCCGACGCUGGGGACGGCUAUUCGGGCAAGAGGAGGUUUGACGGCGAGGGAGCCGGCAGAAGCAGCGUCUUUGAACUUCAGGUAGCCGACACGACGGACGGGGAGAAGCAGCCGCAGCUAAUUAUUAAAGGGGCUCUGGACAGGGAGCAGCGGGACUCCUACGAGCUCACGCUACGGGUCAGAGAUGGCGGGGACCCCCCACGCUCCUCCCAGGCCAUCCUCCGGGUGAUGAUCACCGACGUCAAUGACAACAGCCCGCGCUUUGAGAAGAGCGUCUACGAGGCCGACCUGGCGGAGAACAGCUCGCCCGGAGCCCCCAUUCUGCAGCUGAAGGCCGCCGAUGCCGACGUCGGGGUCAACGGGCAGAUCGAGUACGUGUUUGGGGCAGCCACCGAGUCGGUGCGGCGGCUGCUGAGGCUGGACGAGGGUUCGGGCUGGUUGAGCGUUCUGCACCGCAUAGAUCGUGAGGAGGUCAGCCAGCUGCGCUUCACCGUCAUGGCCCGGGACCGCGGGCAGCCCCCAAAGACAGACAAGGCCACGGUGGUUCUCAACAUUAAGGACGAGAAUGACAAUGUGCCUGUCAUUGAUAUCAGGAAGAUUGGCAGGAUUUUUGUCAAAGAUGGCGUGGCAAAUGUGGCUGAGGAUGUGGUGGUGGACACUCCUGUGGCCCUGGUACAGGUGUGGGACCGGGACCAGGGGGAGAACGGCGUGGUGACGUGCACCGUGGUGGGCGAUGUGCCCUUUCAGUUGAAACCAGCCAACGAGGCCGAUCCCGAGCAGAACAGAAAGAAGUACCUCCUCCACACCUCUGCCCCGCUGGACUACGAGGCCACGCAGGAGUACAAUGUUGUCAUUGUGGCUGUGGAUUCUGGAAGCCCAAGCCUGUCCAGCAAUAACUCCCUGAUUGUGAAGGUGGGCGACACAAAUGACAACCCCCCCAUAUUCACCCAGAACGUAGUCGAGGUUUCUUUUCCGGAGAACAAUGCCCCCGGUGAGAAAGUGACAAAGGUUGUGGCCAUCGAUGCCGACAGUGGGAAAAACGCCCAGAUCUCCUAUUCCCUGGACCCGUCAGUAAACGGAAUAUUCUCCAUUGAUGCUGACAGCGGAGACAUCAGAGUCAACACGGUUCUGGACAGGGAACAGGCAGAGCGAUAUGAAUUUAAAGUUAUAGCCAAAGACAAGGGCAUCCCAGUCCUUAUGGGGUCCGCAACCGUUGUGGUCCUGGUGGCAGAUAAAAAUGACAAUGAGCCAAAAUUCAUGCAGGAUGUGUUUACCUUCUACGUGAAAGAAAACCUGCAGCCCAACAGCCCAGUGGGAAUGGUUACAGUGAUCGACGCGGACAAAGGGGAGAACGCUCAGAUGAGCCUCUACAUCGAGGAAGAGGAGGAUAUUUUUUCCAUCGAGAACAACACUGGGACGAUCUUCUCCACGGUGUCAUUCGACAGGGAGCAGAAGACGACGUACACGUUCCGGGUGAAGGCGGUAGACGGCGGCGAUCCGCCGCGCUCCGCUACUGCGACCGUGUCGCUCUCCAUCAUGGAUGACAACGACAACCCUCCUACGGUCACCUUCCCCAGCAAUGGCUCGUACACGUUGCUGCCACCCUCCAGCAACUCCAGGACGGUGGUGAGGACCGUGCUGGCCACCGAUACUGACACCGGCGUCAACGCUGAGCUGAACUUCAGCAUUGUGGGGGGAAAUCCGUUCAAGCUUUUCGAAAUCGAUGCUGCUAGCGGCGUCGUCUCGCUGGUGGGAAAGUUGGAACAGAAGCAUUACGGCCUGCACCGCCUGGUAGUCCAGGUGAAUGACAGCGGCCUGCCCUCGCAGAGCACCACCACCUUAGUUCACGUGUACGUCAACGAGACGGUGUCCAACUCCACCAUUGUAGAGGCCCAGGUGGCGAGAAGCUUAGGCACACCCCUCUCCGUCGACAUCGCCGGUGACCCCAACUACGACCUGGGCAAGCAGAGGCUGAGCAUUGCCAUCGGCGUGGUGUCGGGUGUCAUGACGGUGAUCUUGAUCAUCCUGGUGGUGGUCAUGGCCAGAUACUGCCGGCCCAAGAAUAAGAACGGCUACGAGGCCGGGAAAAAAGAUCACGAGGACUUCUUCACGCCGCAGCAGCACGACAAGGGCAAGAAGCCCAAGAAGGAUAGAAAAGGAAAGAAGUCCAAGCAGCCGCUGUACAGCAGCAUCGUCACCGUGGAGGCGUCCAAGCCCAACGGGCAGCGGUACGACGGUGUGAACGAGAAGCUCUCAGAUAGCCCGGGCAUGGGCCGCUACCGCUCUGUCAACGGUGGGCCUGGCAGCCCCGACCUGGCCAGGCACUAUAAGUCCAGCUCGCCACUGCCCACCGUUCAGCUGCACCCCCAGUCGCCGACAGCGGGCAAAAAGCACCAGGCUGUGCAGGACCUGCCACCGGCCAACACCUUCGUGGGAACCGGAGAUAACAUAUCUCUUGGAUCUGACCACUGCUCCGAGUACAGCUGUCAGACCACGAGCAAGUACAACAAGCAGCCGUUCCGCCGGGUGACCUUCUCUGUGGUGAGCCAGCCCCAGGACCCCCACCAGGGAUCCCUGCAGAGUUGCUACGACAGUGGCCUGGAGGAGUCUGAGACGCCCAGCAGCAAGAGCUCGUCCGGCCCCCGGCUGGGCGCCCUGCCCCUGCCCGAGGACAACUACGAGAGGACCACUCCGGAUGGCAGUGUCGGUGAGGCAGAGCAUAUGGAAAAUGACUCCAGGCCGCUGCCCGACGUAGCCAUGACCGGCAAGUGCACCCGAGAAUGCGACGAGUACGGCCACUCCGACUCCUGCUGGAUGCCCGUGCGCACGUCGCCCGAGCGGCGGCAAAAGAGCAGUCAGCCAAAGCUAUCCACCUUCGUGCCUGGCGGUGCCGAGCGUGGUAGCCAGGAGACCCUCGCCAACGGGGACCCCCCACACCUGGUGGGCGACCGCAACCGCAAUCUGCUCAACAAGAAGGUGUCCUCAUCGUCCUAUGAGGCCUUCGGCACGGCCAGCUUCGGGAAGAACGAGGACGCCUCCCGCCCGGAGGACAUUCCGUUGGCCCAGACCGGAGAGUACAAGCCCUCCUCAUGCGGGACCCUCACCCGAAGGGAGGUCUACCUGUGAGAGCGAGUGGUCCCUUUGACCUGACCGGGCUCAAAAGAACGCUGUUCGGGAAAAAGCUGACAAACCUGGUGGAUACAAGUACCAUAAUAAGAAAAAGAAGUACAAAUCAAACCUGCGACUUGUAGGAGGUGGACGAGGUGGACGAGGUGGAGGAGGUGCAGGAGGUGGAGGAGGGGAGGCCGUUGAUAAAUCUCAAAGCUUGACAUUCGGUACGGCUGCUGGCAAGUUGGGCUCUGGGACAUCUGGCUGCCUGAUUAUCACAUUGUACAAUGUAGAAUCCAUUUUCAUAACUUGCAUGCAUAAUCUCCCCUUAAAGACUGUACAGUAUAAACGGAGUUUGUUAACUAGUCUAAAGGACGCUCGGAACAGCGGCGGGGGGUGCGGCGCCGCGUAUCAAUGCGACUGGAGCCGGCGAGGACGCGGUGCCCGGCGGCAUCUUUCCGUCGGAUUGCUGCGGACAGUUUGGUAUGCAAAUUAAGCCGUGUUCCGCGAUCUGAUUGGAAGGAGGGUGAAGAUGAGAAGCCUUGCGAAUUGCAACAAGAAAAGUAGCAUGACAUCGUCACACACGCGAUCAUCCAGUGAUCAUCCACUACGAACAUUCGCAAAGACUGAGCUUUAACGUCCUGCUGUGGGAACCAGACAAUGGCCACCAUGUUUUGCACCUUGUCGCUUACACACAGCUGUAAUAGCGGAUUUGAACAUUUUGGUGGAAUUCACGAAUCAUCAUUUCUCAUGUUCAGACGAUGAUUCUGAAUAUAGGCAUACGUGUGUCUGUGUAUGUGUGUGUGUGUGUGUGUGUGUGUGUGUGUGUGUGUGUGUCACACAAGCAGGCAUUACCCAACUGUGUCGUACAAUAAGGACCGCAUGCGGUUCAACCGAACCAUUUCUGCAUCACACACUCAUUGACGCACAGAGCUCAGGCUUGUCUAAGGAGGCCGCGUCGGUCUGCGUCUCUGGUCGUUGCAUGAAAGAUGUCGAGAAGAUGUUUGCUGCCAUCGAAGGGGGAUCCUUUCGCUCAUCCGAUGAAUCUCCCAUCGCAAUACAGCAGAUCCGUAUGCUUAUAAUUGUGUGGAAAAAGACCCUUUCGUUCAGCAGAGUCCAGGCGGUGAGGACGAGCAUCUGCUUAUCCGUCCGUUCAUCGUGCGCGUACGUCCGUCUGUACGCUUGUGUGUAUGUAUGUGUGCGUGUGCAAGAGUGACCGAGCAAUAAACACGCACGCGCACGUCCAUACAUGUCAGUGUCAUUGCGGCUGUCGCAUUCCUUACUGCAUACACAUCUACGCGCGAGAAUGUAGUACAGCUCAACGGAGUCAAAGAAUCGAAACCUCUGUUGGGUGGGAGUCACACAGCAGGCAUAUAGGAAAAUCAAAAAAAAAAUGCAUUUCACAUAAAGUCAAGUCGGCAUCAUAGACAAACCAAAGUAUUGGAAAUAACAAACUGGCAUGAAGAUAUGAAAAAAAAAAAAAAAAAAAAAAAAAACAACAAAGUUUCUCUGAUAAGACUUAGGACAAAAACAAAUAGCUUUGGUAGUAUGUUGCUUUAAAUACAUGCGUAUGUGUAACUGUAUAGUCCAAGUAUAGGUUGAUUAAACAGUGGGGACGUCCGUUCAGUUCGAGACUCACCUAAGUGACCCCGACGUGUUGUGCCCACCUUUUUUUUGUGUGUCCCCCCCAACCAACCAACCAACCCACCCACCCACCCCCUACUGAGGGUCUGCUACGAAAUGCAGACGUUUUAUAAAGGUAACCGGGCGCAAGAUCGGGGAGAAACAAUGGAAAAAUAAUCUCAGAUGCAAUGGAACAUUUUUGUAUGUUAGAUAAUCCUUUGUUGAAGAACUGCUUUUUUGCAGUUCACCAUUCUGUAGUCUGUAAGUACUACUUGUUGUCAAGAGAAGUGCUUCUAUGCUUAAAAUUGUAUACAUGAAUAUGUACUUUUUAUUGCACGUUUAAAGGGAAUUUACUUCACUUACUGCGAAGGACAAAAAAUAAAAUGUUUUAAAAAAUAAUAUCCUGUAAACAUGGAGGUCCAUCUUGUUGCUUGCUUUUGUUAUAUCUAAACAUUAGCCAUGUAGUAUAACUUAGUAUCUCAGUUUGAAGAGGAUGAAAUAUACCUGGGGUGUGUCGAAUCACUAGUGUGAUCAUGUUUCUUUUAUUUAUUAUUAUUAUUAUUAUUAUUAUUAUUAUUUCAGUUUCUUUCUUUCUUUCUCUCUUUCUUUUCUUUAGGCCACAUUAACGUCCCCUUCAUGUUUCUCUUUCUGAAAAAAAAGCCCAUUGCAGUUAUGGAAACAAUGUGCAGAGAAAUUACCUUAGAUGUGGGAGUAUAAUUUUCUUAAUACAUUGAAAGAAGUUGCAACUUUAUACCGGCAUGGCAUUUAACGAAGUUUGUUUUUAAUACGUAAUGAUGAUAAUGAUGGUCGUAAAAUUGAUCGUCGUUAUUACUGUAUUUUUUUUCUUCUGGUGCCACUUUGUAUAUUUAGAGUGCUUCUGUACAAAUAUAGAGUGAAUGCAACAUAAGCAAUUGUGCCUUUUUAUACCGACUGGUAUGAUUCAUUGUGGGUUGGACAUGGCAAACAACAAAUAAUACCUGGAUGCUUGGUCAAACAAGGAAAGGUGUCCUAAAUGUAAAUUACAUUUUCUCUUGGUUCCGCUCUGGAUAGACGACCCCGAAUUUUGGUUUUCCAACAAUUAUAGUGGGGAAAUAUGCCUGCGGGCGCCGGUGGGCAGGAGGUCGGAGCGAGGAGCGCUUAGGAAAACAACCCCUCUCAAAUAAGGCUGUACAACGAAGAUUUAAAUGACCCGAUGACUCCUUUGAACUAAAUGGCAGCACCGGUUUCUGAGGUGUUUGUGAAGCCCGGAGUGUGCGGUCUGUCCAAAUUUACCCCAUUUCACUACUGAAUUCCAGGACAGGAGUAUCAUAGAAAUGCUCAUUUGGACAGUUAAAGGGUUAAUGGGGAAAAAAGCUCAGUGGAGUAAAACUGGCUGAAUGCACACAUCAGGAAAGUAAAACAGACCCCUUCGGCAUUCCCACCACAAUAAUAAUAAUAA